AUGGACGUUACCAUGGCCGACUCAACGGCGGCAGAUCCUGAGGCUCAGGUGAAGGUCAUCUUUACUACAACCGACGAAGAUAUCCAACUACCAGAGAGCAAACGACAGCUCCUCGUUCCCGCAGACAUCCGAAGAUAUGGCCUAUCCCGGAUCAUCAAUUCCGAGUCCAUGCUCGACACUCCGACGCCGAUCCCCUUCGACUUCCUCAUCAACGGCGCAUUCCUCCGCUCGACGCUGCAGGACUACCUGAAGGAGAACGGGCUCUCCUUCGAGACGGCCGUCACCCUCCAGUACGUCCGCAGCCUGAUCCCCCCCGUCUACCAGGCCAGUUUCGAGCACGACGACUGGGUGAGCGCCGUCGACGUGCUGUCGCAGACGUCGCCCGCCGGCCGGUGGUCGGGCGACGCGUUCGUCCAGGGGCAAGACCGGAUCCUGUCGGCCUCGUACGAUGGGCUGCUUCGGAUCUGGGACGGGUCCGGCCAGGUCAUAGCAACCUCGCCGGCGGGGAGCCUCGGGGGACACAGCUCGAGCAUCAAGGCGGCCAAGUUCCUGUUCAAUUCCCAGCUUGCGUCGGGGGGUCUGGACCGGACGGUCCGCGUGUGGAAGUACUCCGAGAGCUCAGACCGCUUCUCCGGUGAGCUGAAACCGACGCUAGAAUUGUACGGCCACCGAGGGCCGAUCGAGUCCCUCGAGGUCGACGGCAAUUCCAAGCGCAUCCUCACCGCAUCCUCGGACGGCUCAGUCGGGUUCUGGACGACGUCCAAGGCGUCGGCCCCCGAGGCACCGGCCGAGCUCCUCCCCAGCACCCACGCCACGAAGCGACGGAGGAUAUCGUCCUCGGUGUCGACUGCGCAGCGCGGGCCCCUCUCCCUGAUGGCCGUCCACAACGCCGCCGCGAGCGCCGCCGUGUUCGACCCGCGGGACCGCACCGUCGCGUACUCGGCGUCGCAAGACCACACUGUCCGGACGCUGGACCUGACCACGGGCCUGGUGGUGAGCACGCUGACGACGUCCCACCCGCUGCUGUCCCUGUGCGCCAUCCCGCGGAACUCGGCACCGCUGCUCGCGGCCGGCACCUCGGCGCGGCACGUGACGCUCGUCGACCCGCGCGCCAGCGCCGCCACGACGUCGGUCAUGACGCUGCGCGGGCACGCCAACAAGGUCGUCGCCAUCGCCGCCUCGCCCGACAACGACCACUCGCUCGUCUCGGGGUCCCACGACGGCACCUGCCGCAUCUGGGACCUCCGGAGCGUCCGCCCGGCCGCCAAGGACGAGGGCGGCGUCGGCAGCGUCAGCGAGCCCGUCUACGUCUUCGAGCGCGAGAGCCGCAAGGGCAGGAAGCGGCCCGUCGCUGGCGAGGGCUGCAAGGUGUUCGGAGUGGCGUGGGACAAGACGCUUGGGAUCGUGAGCGGCGGCGAGGACAAGAAGGUGCAGGUAAAUAAGGGGCGGGACCUCCUCGCCUCGUGA